AUGAGAUUGUUCUUUAUGUUUGCGAUUCUGUGUGGCUUUUACAGUGAAGCCUGUGGUAAAUUUUCUUUAGAUAUUGAUAUGAAAUUGAAGACUCUUAAUAAGCCUGCGUUGAAGACCAUCAAGAGUGAGGAUGGAGAUAUAAUAGAUUGUGUAGAUAUUUAUAAACAACAUGCUUUUGAUCAUCCUGCCUUAAGAAACCACAAGAUUCAGAUGAAACCGAGUGUGGAGUUUGGUUCAAAGAAGACUAUUAUUCCGAACAACGGUUCUUCUAAACCAAUUACGUCUCAAAUUUGGUCCAAAUCUGGAAACUGUCCCAUACGGACAAUACCUGAGGCUGUUGUUCUCGCGGUAGGGUUUAAUUUUAUUGGCGCUCAAUCCGACAUAAAUGUGUGGAAUCCUCCAAGAGUUGAGGCUGGGGACUACAGCUCCGCUCAGAUCUGGCUGCUUGCUGGCCUCUCUGAUAAAUUUGAGACCAUAGAAGCUGGUUGGGUGGUAAAUCCACGCGUUUUCGGAGACUCCCGCACACGUCUCUUUACCUACUGGACAAAAGAUUCAUACAAUUCAACAGGGUGCAUCAACCUCUUAUGCGCUGGUUUUGUGCAAACAACCACUGAGUUCGCUUUGGGUACAGCCAUAGAACCUGAUCCAAACAGCGGAAACUGGUGGCUGACUUGUCAAGACAUCGUGUUGGGGUAUUGGCCCGGGGCACUCUUCGAUGACCUCAAACACAGCGCCACCGCGGUGCAGUGGGGUGGAGAAGUCUAUAGCCCUAACGUGAGGAAGAAGCCACACACAAAAACGCCAAUGGGAAGUGGAGAGUGGGCAUCGUACAUCUGGUCCAAAGCUUGCUUCCACACCAAUAUUAGGAUCAAGGACUAUUCAUUGCAGAUCAAGUAUCCCGAGUAUCUAUCUGAAUACUCUGAUGAGUACGACUGUUAUUCUACAAAACUCCACCGAGAAACGUAUAUGUCAGAACCGUAUUUUUACUUCGGAGGACCUGGCCAGAAUCGUCUUUGUCCUUGA